AUGCCCGAGGUGGGAGUUUAUCCUUCUCAAGAAAUUAAUGCUUUCGCUACUGGUCCCGCUGGCAAUACUUUAAUUGCUUUUUCCACUAAUUUAGUUAACACCAUGAACCUCCAAGAAGUUAGAGGGGUGGUCGGUCAUGAGUUAUCUCACCUUAUUCAUCAUGAUAUUGCCCGGAUUUUAUUAGUGCAGGGAGCAUUUGAUCGGGAAUUAGCGGCCGAUAAAAGAGUAGAUGGAGUAGACUUAACUGAGGAUGAUAAUACCAAAGCAACCGGGGAACCUAAUUCGAUUUCUUUAUUAAAGUUUAACCCCGAAAAGAAAAAAAAAGGUUUGCUUGAUUUAUUCCGCACUCAUCCCACUUUAGAAGAAAGAAUUGAACGACUAGAAAAAUUAAAAAAACGCCGAGCAUUACCUGCCGGUGGAGGAUUUCUAAUUAUUAAAAAUAAUUCAAAAACUAAAAAUGUUGCUAAUAAUCAGCCAACCAGGAAAGAAAAGGAACCAAUUCUGCCAAAAGAUAAUCCCCCACCCAAGCCUAAUAUUCCGCCUACUCCUAAUCUACCGCAGCCAAACCCAAUUCCGGAGCCUAAUAAUCCCCCACAACCGAAUAAUAAUGAAUACCCAGCAAUUGCCGCUACCGGGCGAGAACCAGAAUAUAAAAUUAACCCAUCAUUACCAAUUUCUUCGGUCGGGACUGGGAACGAUAGACCAGAUUUAGUUCCUAAUCUUAAUGGCACGCCGGGUCAUCUUACCGCUGGCUCAGCCUUACUUACUGAUACUUUGGAUGGUUCGGGUAAUGGUUCUUCAAUUCUGAAUGAUAAGGGAAUUACCCACCUUAUCCACGCUGUUAAUCAACCAUUUAGUUCUUUUGCCAAUAACGAGCAAUGGUUUAUUAAUUAUGUAGUGCGUUCGGUGCAAAAUUCAAUUAUUUUAGCGGACCGAUACAAAUUUGAAAAACUGGCUAUCCCUUUGGUCGGUGGCGGGAUUUUUCUUGGUAGUUGUGACCCGCAAAAAUUAGCCGAAGGGAUAGUCAAAGGAGCCAUUAAUCAAUUAGCCGAAUGCAAAACUUACAACAAAUUAUUUUGCUUGACUGACAUAAUAGCCAAACCCCCAGAAAAAAUCGCCAAUGGAGGUCUUGAACUAGCCAAAAAUCCGACCAAAAUUAUAUUUGACGAAUGGGGGGAUAUUCGUGAUAAAAGAAUUCACGAAGCCAGUGUAAUUGUCAACGUAGCCAAUACCCAAGUCAAAUUUGGUGGCGGGAUUUCCGGAGCCAUUGCCAAACAAGUGGGGGAUAAAACUAAAAUCGAAGCCAAAGCCCAGGAAUUAAUUGAAGUUGAUUAUAAUUCUUUGGUGAAAGCUCGCAAUACUUUGUGUCGAAUUCUCCAAACUUCCCGAAACGAAGCCGAAAAAAUGGGAGCGGUGGGUGCGGCUCGUGAUGUUUUCCGUGAGGCUGCUCGGUUGAAGUUGCUGGGCGACGCAGAAAAAAAGAGGCACCGCAAUAUGCUACAAAUAGAAACUAGACACCUAGAAAUUAUUCGUUCAAUCCUAUCCAAAUAUCCAUAUCAGUUCUACGCUUAUGGCUCACGAGUUAAAAACCGAGCCAAAAAAUACUCUGAUUUAGAUAUUUGUUUUUAUGGAGAAAUACCCUGGAAUGUACUUAGCCACCUUCAAGAAGAUUUAGAAGAAUCUGAUUUACCCUUUAAGGUAGAAGUAAUGGCUUGGGAGUGA